AAAAAACUGCUGACGCAAUCCAUAUUAGCGACACCUAUUGGUUGAAAUAGCUGACUGCAUUUUCCUCUGACCAAUCAAUCACACUUCGGUUCAAUGUGCGAAAGUAGGAAGUUGUGCAGCUGGCAAUUUUGACAGCUGUCUAUCUACCGUGCUUUGUGGCGUCCUGUGUAUUUAUCUUUAUUUAUUUUAUAAGAUUUAUUGUAAUUUAUUUGAAAUGAAAUAAGGUAAAUUACUUAGGAUAAGUUAGUUUGUACGUUGAAUUAAUCGUAAGAUAUAUUAGCAGCGAAGUUAGUGUGUGUGUGUAGUAUUGAAGAAUGGACAGAAACAAUAUGAGAUCAAGCUAUGUAAACAGCGGCCCCCGCUCACUGCCACACAUGGGCAGUAGCAAGCGUCACAAUGGCAACGGGCACGCGGCCCGUCUCAGCCCCCCAGCACAUCCCGGACACAACACUCACCCGGUCCACAGUGCGCCACCGGCAAACAACAAUAACAAUCAGCAUGACGAUCUCAUCAACUACAUCUAUGAUUCUUGGAAUAAGGUGACUAGAGAACUGGAGCGCGGCAGCGAGGACGCGAAGUACUACCAGGAGGUGGUGGCGCCGCGGCAGCUUGCCAACUUCCGGCCCUUCAACCUGGAGGAGUGGUGGGGACGGCGCGUGCUGCACAGCAUUAACCGCAACAAGCACCGCUCUUAGUUCCCCCGCCGCGGGUGGCUGCCCGUGCGACUCCUCGCGUUCAUCACCUGCUGCGUCGUCGUCUACUUCCUAGCAACCAACUCAGACUAUGGAGCCACUUGGCUCUCACUAUUCUUUGAGACGUAGUAGCAUGGAAGCCACCUACAAUGAAGUUACCUGAACGUAAGUCAGUCUGAAUCUGAUUCAGUGUAAUUAAUUUUAUGGGGAUACUUAAAACUGUGGUUGUCACAUGUUUAACAGUCAGCGCAUCUACGGUUAUUGCGAAGUGAUUAUGAUAUGAUAAUUUAAAUUCAACUUGUAAUUUUUGUCAUUUGGUUGAGUUAAGAAUUGUUCAUUAUAUGCUUGCUGUUUACAAAAGGUUUGUAUGUUUAAAAGGUAGUUGAUUUUAAAUUGUUAUUGAAUAGAGUCAUUUCGCCACCAAACCGUAGAUAAAUGCAGACUCAAAGAGUAUCAGUAGCUUAAAGCUAGUGAGGAUAUCUCCUUUUUACGGAGACUAUGAGUAAUGCAGUAGUUGUGUAAAUUUUAACCACAUAAUUAGAAAGACAGUUUAUAUUAAUUGAUAAUGAAAUAAAAGAUGCACAUCCUUGGUUGCAAACUGUGUUGGAUGAUAUCUCUCAUUCGGCUCUGUAGUGUCUUUGUUUCCCGAUGGUAUAUAUUUUUACUUGAUGGCCCUAAAUUUUAGUUACCCGCAGGAGGACCGCUAAAAUGAAUUGAAUGUGUGAGAUCUAUAAAGUUCUCCUUGUGGGGUCAUUUUACGUUUUUAAACGCUACUCCAAUAGAAGUUAAAUGGCAUGUAAAAUUCUAAACCCGCCUUAUGCUUUGAUGAUAAAACUUACACUCAACAACAUAUUAUGUAAUUUAAAUAUACAGUACUAGUAGUUAUAUUGAUGUAAGUAUUUGAUUUAAAUUAUGAACUACAACAUUUAUAGUAAUUUUUCAUGAAAACUUAAGUUUCAUUGAAAGGAGUAGUGUAAUUUUUACUUAAAAACUGAUCAUUUUAUAUUUCGUAUUACGUAUUGAAGUACAGGCAGUAUUUAAGUAAAGAAGUACAUUGACAUUGAACAUGAGAUUGUGAUAUAAGUAAAUAAUUUUUAACAACACACCAAUUCGCAAGUAAUGAUCUGUUGACAUCCUAUAUCGGGAAAGAAUAUUUUUUUAAUAUUUUCACGAGGAACAUUACUGUGUAAAUAAGUUAGUGUGAAUUCUAUUUUAUUUAAUAUUUUGUAAGAGAAUGAUGUUUUGUGUCGAUGCCCAAUUAGAAUCAGCUAGGUAUUGUGUAUUUUUUACCGGGACUUGUGUAACAUUUAGAGUUGGGUUUUGACAUGGCGUUUCUGACUGCCGGCCACAAACUGGAAGUAACACUGUGACAAUAUAGCAAUAAUAGAUAUAGAGGACAAGUAAAUAGUGCUUAUCUGAAUAAUAUGCUGUUUACAUUCCCUGUUCUAUUAUUAUACAACAUAUAAGUAGAUCAGUAUUUUUCCAGAAUUGACUACUUGACAGUCGUAACAAUAAAAUAUGGAAUAUUUCGGAUAUAAUAGAUUAUCAUUUAACGAUAAUUACCAAUAGUUUUUUUAUCUGUAUAUUACAAGACCCGAAACACGUGACGUCACAUUUCACAAAAUAAACAAAAAACUACCUAUCUGUCAGGGUUCAAGUUAUACUGUUUGAUAGUUUCCUUGCGUAUUGAGUAAAAUGUCACGAGACCAACCGUUUUCGCGCGAAUUUUUUUCAAAUUUAAGAGGAGAUUUAAUAAUUUAAGACGUAUAAAAGUCCGAAAACUGUCAAUUACCCAUUUUCAAUUCCAUUUCAAUAUUCUGUGAUAUGAAUGUAUCACAAAUGUUUAUAAUAUAUAAUGCAUUGAAAUUAAUUUUCUGUACCUAGAGUUCUAAAAUCAAUAAACAAAUAUUGUCAUACAUCAGACUCACCCCGUUUUAAAGGAAUUUUAAUACCAGAGAAACCAAAGGUACAUACCACAUGGAGAAUUGCAUUUCAGUUGGUCGCCAUAAAGAAGUAAUCCGGAAUCGGUUGUGAUAAACUUUGCCCAAUAAAUUAUAUUGUGUCAAAUCUUUUUUUAUGUUGAGAAACUGCGGGUCUAUAAAAGCCAUAUGAAACAAUUCAUGCAAAAAGCAAUAUUGCUAUUUGUAAUUCGUUGACAUUGCGCAAAUGCGUAAAUGAAUGUCAAAAUGCAAUAUUGCUUUUUAGAUGAAUCGCUUCAAUGUGGCCUUGCCAAAGCCUUGUGUUUGCUUAGUGGUCAGCAACGCCUAAUCUUUCAAGUUUCAAAUAAAUCAAAUACAUUCCACAUCGCCUGUACUUAGCAUUUGGAACUAUUGUAAAUAGGUUUUAAGUGAUGCAGUGCUGCCAGACUAUGGAUUACGGAUUUGAAUAAAACAUUUUUAUAAAAAUA